GGGAUGGUCCCUUUCCAGGAGUGAUUGACAUGUAUGGUGAUGAAGGAGGCUUGAUUGAAUUUAGAUCUAGUCUCCUGGCUACCCAUGGUUUUGCUACUCUUUCUCUGCCAUAUUUUGACUUUGAAGAUCUUCCUAUGAUCUUGAAAGACUUAAAACUUGAGUACUUUGAGGAGGCAGCAAGGUUCCUACAGCGUCACCCAAAGGUGAAAGGACCAGGAGUUGGAGUGAUUGGGACUGGGAAAGGGGCGGACUUAGCGCUCUCCAUGAUCACCUUCCUGCCAGAAGUAGUGGCUGCUGUCUCAAUCUCUGGCUGUAGUUCCAACACAGUUGCAGACCUCCAUUAUGGUGAGACGACUCUGCCCGGGCUGCGCUUUGAUAUGGAGAAAGUCACUGUCUCUGAGUCUGGUGUAUAUGACGUUUUUGAAGCUCUGGAUGACCCAACGAAUCCUGCCAAUUCUUCUAGCGUGAUCCCCAUUGAAAAAGCAGAAGGUCACUUUCUCUUAGUGGUAGGGGAAGAUGAUCGGAUGUGGAAGAGCUCCUUAUAUGCUGAGCUGGCAAUCAGGCGUCUACGCCAGCAUGGGAAAGACAACUUUGAACUCCUGAGUUAUCCAGGAGCAGGUCACCGAAUUGAUCCUCCUUCAACUCCAUUUUGUCAGGUAGCUAUGGAUCGUGUUUUGGGGGUGCCUGUUCUGGGGGGUGGAGAGAGCAAAGCACAUGCCCACGCACAGGAACACUCCUGGAGAAGGAUUCAGGAGUUUCUGCACUUGCAUUUGGGAUGAACACUUAAACACAUGCAAGCAGUUGCAGAUCUGCAAGGACUGAACUUGAGCCACCAAAAUGACUGGUGAAUUGAAGGGAUUGACUGAGACAAGCCUUGAAAUAUGAAAAUAACCAAAUGACUACUUAGUUACAAGUAUAAAUCUAAAAAGAAAGGAAUUUCUUUGGAGCACUCUAAGUUAAUUUAACUAGGUAAACAGAGGAGAUGUGAAACAACAAGCAGGUUGCAUUAUGGUACAAAUUUGACAGCUCAACGUGGUCAAGAUAUGAAGAAACAAGUACCUGAAGAGAGUAGUAGGUACUUCCUUGCAGUAUUUACACCUCACAGAAUGUUAACAGGCAGCCUGCACCCUCAGCAGUGACAGAGAGGAUCACAUUCGGCAAUGACGGAUGAUAAACGUAGACAUCCAAAUGAUGACUCUGACUUUGAGUCCUAAGCUACCUUACCCCAGAAUUCUCAUAUUUACAGCCAUAUACACUUCAGAUAUGCUUUCCAUUUACAUGAAGAACAAGAAGCCUACUAGAAAUUUGAAGCUACUUCAAAUGAGGCUCAUAUACUUAGCAUUGUGGUCUUCAGGUGACAGUCUGUUUCUUUCCAAAAAGAACUAUGUGCUGAAUGGAAAAAUGAAGAGUACUUUUCCUUGUCAUCCAAGAAGAAUGGCAAUACUAGCACUGUCUUGUAUUUGGGAUGUACAUGUCUGUUCCUGUAAUGUCUUGGAUUGCUGUUUGACACUCAGGGUACUAAGAUUCUGUUGGAUAGGUUAGAGCAUGUCUAAAUACAGCCAUUAAGUUAGGGAUUAAUUACUUGUAGAACUCUUUAGUAGUGAUGUCAACAGAUGCUGAUAGCUGUUCUUAGGGGAGAAGCAGAGUUGGGAGGCAGAAAACCUAGCCUGUAGAUUUAAACUGACUGUAAAAAGCUUUCACCUUAUGGUGGUGAUUAAUUCAGAAUCAUACCAAACCAACAGUGCCCUCCAAAAAAAGCACCCAAGGCCAAAUCUAUGAUAGCUUUUCCAUGACUGCCCAAGAUUAUUUUUUUUUUAUUACAAAAUCAUUUUUGGCUAGUGCCUUUUUUUCCCCUCACCAUUCAGGUAGAAAGAAUUUUCUUCCCAAAUGAGUUGAUCUCUCAAGAGUGUCUUGCUGAAAUAGUGCCAGUGCUGAAGGCCUGUUGAAGGAGCGCCUCUAUCAACAAAAUUUCUCCUUCCAAAGUAAUUUUUGUCAGACCAGUUUGAGAGCUGCCUAGGAAGAUAAAAAUCUUUCAUUAGUGUACUCAGUUUUGCUUUGCUCUCAGGGAUCUCUCUCCAGUUAACUGUCAUUAUGCUGCUGCUCAGAUUCAAUACCUUUCUGCAACUCUUAUUAUUCCUUAUCAUUUGAGUAAAGUCACGUGUUUUUCACACACAAUCAAUGCCAACUGAACAAUUUAUUCAUCCACGCUUUACAAGAGAAGCUCCAUUCUGCAAACUCCACAAAAGAUCUCUUCAUGCCUGGUCUCUAAACUCCCUCACCACCUGAACAGGCUUUUGUCAAGUCCUGUCUGGGGCCUGAACCUCUGCUAACACAAGCAGCUCCAGAAGUCCAGGACCAGAGCCUGCUGCAAUGUGCUCCCUAGUGUCACCCAUACCUGUCAGACUGCCUCACUGACCAAACUCAUUUCAAGUAGCAACUGUAGGAGAAAGGGUUGUCUGUUGUCUGAAGGUUCCUGCUUCAUCCUGUCUCUUCAGUUGCUGGAGCUGUUAUCAAUUGUGCAAGAGCAGCACCUCCCCUGUUCCUGUUCUGUCACUCUCCCAGUGCCAAUAUCUGUGUCUCCACAUUGCAGUCCUACCUCAGCAUAUGCACUGCAAUGCAAGAUUGCAAUCUGGAGGUUCAGGAAGUAAAUGUUAAAUUGUAAAUUAAAAAAAAACCAAAACAACAAAACAGGUAGAUUAAGAGGUCUCAGACUUAAUUUCUAAAGCACAAGCUUUUAAAAUAAUUCAGUGUUAGAUUUUGUCAGAUACAUGCAAUUUGAAAGAGAAAUAAAACACUUCCUUUAUUAAAAAGCAACCAUGUGUAAGAAUUUGAUGUUAAGUAUUUGUUUGGAAAAGUGAACGAUACCUUGUUUUAAAUUGAGGGAAAAUUAAAAACAAUGUAAUUUUACUGCAAAGAGUUUUUUUGUCAAUCAGAGUUUCCUGGACAAAAUAAUAGAAGGACCUGUUGAAAACCAUGCAUUUUGUAUAUUUACAAUGCUACCUGGGGACCCAAGAGGCAUUGCAGACACUCUGCAGAAUGUGUAGCUAUUUCCUGAAGUGUGUACUAAACUGAGUGCCUGAUUAUGGCCUUAGUUACAGCCACGGUAUUUAUAUUGGUUUAUAUUUGUUAGGGUUUGAAGAGACCUCUGGGGACCACCUAGUCCAAUUUUCCUGCUAAGGCAGGGUCAUCUAGAACAAGUUACACAGGAAUGUGUCCAGGUGGAUUUGGACUGUCUCCAGAGGGAGACUCCAUUGCCUCCUUGGGCAGCCUGUUCCAGGGCUCUCCUGGAACAGUGUAAAGAGGUUCUUCUUCACCUUGAGGUGGAACUUCUCGUGUUUCAGCUUAAGGCCGUUUCACCUCGUCCUGUCACUGGGCAGGACAACGAGAUGUGAUCUUCUGAACCCUUGAGUCUGGCACCGUCCUCUUGGCACCCACCUUUGAGAAAUUUCUAUCUAUUGGUGAGCUCUCCUCUGCUGUGGACGAAACAGGCCAAGGUCCCGCAGUCUCUCGUCACCAGAGAGAGACCCCAGACCCCUCAUGCAUCAUCUUUGUGGCUCCCCACUGGCCCCUCUCCAGUAGCUGCCCUUGUACUCAGGAGCCCGGAACCCGCCACAGUAAUUCUUUGCCAGGCCAAACGCCCAUCCCAUUCCAUUAAGACGAGUGCUCGGGGGGCUGGAUGAGCUGCACCGGCCACAGCUGGGGGCGCUCGCAGCUGCCCGGGGACUCCCCAGCGCCGCGGCCGGGAC